CUGUUCAGGAAAAACUAGAAGAAGAAACGCAAACACGUGUGGUUUCCUUUUACAGUGUGGUGUGUGCAGCGUCCGAAUAAAAGAAAUCGGAUCAAAAACAACUGAACGACUACCGAUUUAGUUCUUUUUCGUUCGAUCAGAAAUGACGAAGACGAAGAAGGAGAAGGUUUCUGCGGACGGAGAAGAGGUCGCAGCCGCCGACGGGAACGAGAAGUCUUACCAUGAGCUGAUCGCUAACGUGAACCCCAUCGCCCAGCCGCUGGCCUCCAAAAAACUCAGCAAGAAACUCUACAAAUGCGUCAAAAAGGCUGCCAAAGUAAAGAACAUCCGCAGAGGAGUGAAAGAAGUUCAGAAGUUUAUCAACAAAGGAGAGAAAGGCAUUGUGGUGUUGGCCGGCGACACGCUGCCCAUCGACGUCUACUGUCACCUGCCUGUCAUGUGUGAGGACAGAAACCUGCCGUACGCCUACAUCCCCUCUAAAGGGGAUCUGGGUUCGUCCGCGGGCUCCAAGAGACCGACUUGUGUGAUCCUGAUCAAACCUCAUCAGGACUACCAGGACGCCUAUGACGAGUGUGUGGAGGAGGUGUCCAGCCUGCCCAAACCUCUCUGAGGCAUCGGCCAAUCAGUGAGCAGCCCUGAGGUCACUGCCUUCAUUCAAAUGAACCCAUACUUUAAAGGAGCAGUCCGGCAUUUAAGGAAAUCCUCUUGUUUCUCAUCAGCAGCUCCAACAAAACCACAACGUCUCCUUCCUACAUUUCUGUUUCUACGCCCGAUCAGUAAACAACAUACGAGAGGUUGAAGCUAGGCUAGCAGUUUCCCCUGUGUUUCCAGUCUUUGUGCUAAGCUAGGCUAAUCCUGUCCUGGACCAUCUGACUCUGGAGAAGAUGGAGAACAAGGAGGUUUUAAUAAAUGUCAGACUGUUUUUGUUUAUCCAUUAAUGUUCAAAACAAAGUGUGUAAAUAAACCGAAUUUUUUGUGUUUUUGCAUCUCAACAACAUGCAGGAUUUUUCGAUUCCAUCUGACCGAAUUGUAAUUUCUGCACAACGAUAAAAGUUCGAACUACCAUUUUCAAUCUAUUUUUGCAACAAACUACAGAUGUUCUUUCAGUAAAAUAAACCGUGGAGUUGCAUCAUGUUCUGUUGGUUUUGUUGUGCAGGUGAACAGCCCAGCAAGCCAAUCAGAUUGAUUAGGUUUGUGCUGCUCAGUGGACGAAGGCAGCAGGACAGAAUGAGACAGAUGGCAAACUGUAAAUUCUCCGUUUAUAUAUUUCCUGGUUUUAAGAUGUCGAGUUUAAAAAAAAAAAAAAAAAGAUUCUUUUGCAGAAAGCGUUUAUUUUCUACCACUGUUUAACAAAUCCUGAAUCAAUGUUGUCUUUGAGCUCUGAAGGAUUUAGGUGUUUCUGCUGUAAAAAAGUUUUGUUUUUUAAUUAAAGGUCCAGUGUGUAA